AUGCCAGCACGUAGACGACACGUUAGCUCCGAGGUAGACCAUGGUUUCGUGAUCACAACCUCAAAGAGUCCCUGGCAGGGCAAUACCAUAAGUCAGCAGUAUAAUCAUGAAAGUGAACGGUGCGAUUUAACUAAAAACGAAAAGAAGAAAGCAGAUAUCGUAGCAGCGACAAUGACGUCGCGCGACAGGACCAAUGAAUUCGUUAAUGCCAUCCGGACGAUGCAAAGCAGGACCGUGACACGAGCAGCGGUUCUGCAAAAUCCUCGUCGAGCACGUCAAUUACAAAGCUAUUCAAAUUUUAUGAUGAUAGCUAAAAGUAUUGGAAAAAAUAUAGCGAGCACGUACACUAAGUUAGAAAAGCUUGCUCUAUUGGCAAAAAGGAAAUCUAUAUUUAAUGACAGACAAAUGGAAAUUGAUGAGUUAACAAAUAUCAUAAAAACAGACUUAAAAAGUUUAAAUCAUCAGAUAGGAAAAUUACAAGAACUUGGAAAAAAGCAGCGGGAUGGAUAUGGUGCAUUUCAAAGUCAUCAUAUGAAUUCACACUCAUCUUCUAUUGUAAUGACCUUACAAUCAAAGCUAGCAAACAUGUCAAAUCAUUUUAAAAGUGUAUUAGAAGUUCGAUCAGAGAAUAUGAGAGAAGAGCAAACUAGAAGGCAACAAUUUACUCAAGGUUCUGUAUCUACAAUGUUACCUCCAAGUGUUGCUGGGAAACAAGGUUCAUUAUUGCUUCAAGAACAAGAUUCUCCCUCAUCUACAGUUAUAGAUUUGGAACCAGCAAUGGGACAGUUAACAUUACAGCAAGCAAUUCAAGAUGACUCUAUGGCAUAUGCCCAGUCAAGGGCAGAAACAAUGCAAAGCAUAGAAUCCACCAUAGUUGAACUUGGUGGAAUUUUUCAACAAUUAGCGCACAUGGUUAAAGAACAAGAGGAGAUGGUGGAAAGGAUAGAUAGUAAUAUAGAAGAUACAGAAUUAAACGUGGAAGCAGCACAUGCAGAAAUUUUAAAAUAUUUUCAAUCUGUAACAAAUAACAGAUGGCUAAUGAUAAAAAUAUUUGCAGUUCUUAUAUUUUUCUUUAUAUUUUUUGUAGUGUUUUUGGCAUAAAACAAUUAUAUUACUAUGAUUAUUAUUAUUAUUAUUAUUAUACAUAUUUCUUCAUUCAGUUUUGUAGUUGACCAUUCAUAUCCAUUUGCGAUAUAAAUUGAUCAAAGAACGAGGCGAAUUUUUAUAAAACUAUGACUCACUAGCUAUAGAAUAGUAUAUUCAAUUGCAUUCCUCGACCUCUUUGUUGAAUUGUGAAUACUGUAAGUAUUAAUAAUUAAAAACUACAUCAGUGUAGAUUAAAGCUACAUUGUUGAUUGUAAACUGUAAAAAGGAUACUAUGGGUAAUAAAUGUAUAAUUUUCAAUG